GAUGCCUCGGGCAGGGCAGCCGCCGGCGAUGCUGUGCUACAUGCCCGGCGUGGCUUUCGUCCCCGCUUUGCUCGUCAGCUGGUCCUCGGCCGCCUUCAUCAUCUCCUAUGCGAUCGCCGUGCUGGCGGGGCACGUCGAGCCCCUCGUCCCCUACAUCAGCGACACCGGAACUAAACCUCCAGAGAGUGGUAUCUUUGGUUUUAUGAUUAAUAUUUCAGCACUUUUAGGUGUAAUCACAAUGUACAUCAGGUAUUUAUUAAUAGAGAAGCAAAAUGAGUCAUCGCACUUUGUUAGGUCUUCAUGCAACAUGUUUUCAUUAUGUAUUGGAUUGAUGGGCUGUAUUGGAAUGGGCAUAGUUGCAACUUUUCAGGAGCUGUCUGUGCCCAGUGUCCAUGACAUAGGAGCUUUGGUAGCAUUUGGCUCGGGUGUUGUAUACAUUACACUUCAGUCCAUAAUCUCUUACAAGUCCUGUCCACAAUGGAACACAUACUUUGUGUGUCACAUAAGGAUGGCCAUAUCUGUAAUAUCAUGCAUUGCUUUCAUUCCUAUGAUUGUGUUUGCUUCAAAAAUAUCCAUGACAAAGAUUGAUUGGACUCCAGGUGAAAAGGAUUAUACUUACCAUGUUUUGAGUGCGAUCUGUGAAUGGACCGUGGCCUUUGGUUUUAUCUUCUUCUUUUUAACGUUCAUUAGAGAUUUUCAGAGAGUUUCUGUAAGGAUAUCAACAGAAAUACAUGAAGAGUCCUGAUAGUGGAAAAAAUUAUAUUUUUUAUAUAUAUAUGAAUAUUCUAGGUUUUGUUUUACUUA